CAGCACCGUGGGAGGACACUGGGCGCUCUCUUCCUAGUACCUUGCAACCACAUCUUUUCUCUAGUAUGAUGGCCAAGAUCUUCUUGUUAGUCCUGGUGAGCACAUCAUCGGCGGCGGCCGCUGCUUUUAGAGUGAAGCGACAGGUGAUUCCUGAAUCCAUCCUCGCAGCUUCCACUGACGACCCUGAGAUCUACGGCCUCAUAGUCAUGCCGCUGCUGAUCAUCGGCAGCGCUUUAAUGACGCUCGCCUCCAUCGCCGUCUACUUCACCGGCAGGCGAGCGCUCUCCGAUGGGCCCAGACAUCCCGACUUCGUAGCCGAGCUUCAUGACGAACUCGAGCGUCUCUUCAACAAAUACGUCGACGCCUUUGUCAGCCAAGAGUGCAGCCAGAGGAUAAUCUGCGACGUAGGCGUCUACUCCAGGGACCUCCAGGGCAGAGACAUCCUUCUCGGCUUGAUCGAGCCUCUGGUCCCUGACUGCAUGAAGAACAACGUGGCCGUCUUCAGAGAGGCUGCGGAGUCUGGCUACGAGACCGGCAUGUGUAAAAAAUUUAAGUGCGUCCCCCCGAAGAUCCUCUGAUCCACUUCGUUAGAGAAGACGGAUCAGCCAAGCCGACCAACAAUCUCAUCUGGGCUGACAGAUGAGCUCGACAAGCCAAUAAUAUCGUCUGAGGAACCAUUUGAGCUCGACAGACGAACAGUCACAUAGACAUAUUGUGCUUAUAUAAGUUAUCUUUUUCUAAGUAAAAGUCACAGCACCCAAAAAAAUAUGAAUAAUACGAAGACGCUAACUUGCAGAAUUAAGGUAUAAAAUACCGAUUUUUUUUAAACUUCUUGAUUGGCUCUAACUCCUCUAGAACUUGAUAGUUUUUCAGGCUAUUUUCUCUCUUCGCCAUCUAAUUUUUCUCCCCUGUGCCUUUAUUAGUACAACGUUUCACCCAUACGGGUGAAAAGUUGUAUCAGUCAAAGACAAAGGUUUCCCAAUACCAAAUACAUUUACAACCGAACAAGCCUUUAGUAUAUAACGUUUCGCUCAGGGAGAGCAUUAUGACUGGAUGAAGCUCUCCUUGAGCGAAAUGUAUUCUUAUAAAAGGCUUGUCCUGGCCAAAGGCUUUCACUGCUCGUUGAAUGCAUUACUCGGCGUGAAAUUUCUUAGUUCCUUAAAGGAACACCAGCUGUUAGCACUUGCUUACUCCUUCCUGCUGUCUAGCAAUUGUCGUCAGGUGUUCAUUGGUGUUCAGUGGUGUUCAAUGGUGUUCAAUGGU